UUGCCCCUGUCCCCCACAAGAAAUUUUAGUGGCUGAGAUUUCUCCUGGCCUCACCCCCUGAAGAGCGAGAGCGAGAGCGAGAGCGAGAGAGAAACAAAGAAAGCGAGGCCCGGACGCAGGCUUUACUCUCCUCCUCUCCUUCCUUCUCCGAGAAGCUUCCGCAAGGCGCCAUUGCCACUGACCUCGAGCUCUAUUUGCUUUGCCCAUUGAUAGAUUCGAUCGUUGGCUAGUUGGAGAUGCGAGACUGGUAGUGGGCGGAGGAGAACGGAUGAGCUGCGGGUGUUCUUGAUGUGCCCAUGGGCCAUGGAGGUCGCCUGAGAUUUUGAUGAGUUAUGAGGUACUAUCUCCGGCAAAUGGAGCGACUGGUUGAAGAUAUGGAGGGAGGAUCGCUGCUGUUUGUGGAUGAUUUGAACUCGAAGUGAUCUGUGGUUGUUUUCUUGUGUUUGCUCUGCUGAAAUUUGGGGUUGGAGAUGGAAGAGGAUUCCUUCGGGGAAGAGUUGGUUGGGAAGACUAGGAAGCCUUACACGAUCACGAAGCAGCGAGAGAGGUGGACAGAGGAGGAGCAUAAUAGGUUCCUGGAAGCUCUGAAACUGUAUGGGAGAGCUUGGCAGCGUAUCGAAGAGCAUAUAGGAACAAAGACAGCUGUGCAGAUUAGGAGCCAUGCGCAAAAAUUCUUCACAAAGUUGGAAAAAGAAGCUGUAAUGAAAGGCAUUCCUCCAGGACAAACUCAUGAUAUAGAUAUUCCUCCCCCACGACCUAAAAGGAAGCCAAGAGGUCCAUAUCCUCGGAAGAGUAGGGUAGGUUCUGUCUCUCUAACUGGUGAUGCAAUGAACAACAAAUCAUCAAAAUCUGUUUCUCUUGUGGGCACCAGUAAACAAGUCUUGGAACAGGGAAGUGAUGCACCUCAGAAGAAACUUGCUGCAACUAUAACAUUGCAAAGGAAAGAGACUUCUGAAGAUGGAAGCUGCUCAGAAGUUCUUAACUUCUUUCAAGAUGCUCCAUCUGCUUCCAUCUCUUCUGUGAAGAGCUUGUCAAAUCCAAAUCCUUGUACAUACACAGAAUUUGCCACCAAGAUUAAAGAAAUAAAAGAGACUGCAACAGAUAAAUCUUCUGUCUCUAUUGAAGUGAAUAAGGAUCUAAACCUAAACGGCAUAUCCUAUAGAGAUCAGGAGAUUGAAGGACUUAAAGGAUUUCGCAUAGAUUCACAAACAAAUUUAGCUCAUGGAGAGGAUGCAGAUGCAUUAAAGCAGCAAGAGAACCUUGGUUCUUUGUUAAGGGACAAUAUGCAAGGUAAUCAAAGCAACUCAAAACAUAUUCCUGUGCAUUUUUCAGGAAGAAGCAGUGCUGAAGGCAAGCAGACAACAGACUCUGAUGGGCAUAAUUUCACGGCAGUGACCGGCCAAGUGGGAGGAGCUGAUGAAAAUUCUAAGUCAUUCAUCAAUCCUACAGUUUCUGCCACAUCAAAGCUCCACAACAGUUCUGCAAUACCGUGUAUUCACCAACCAUUUCCAGCCUUCCCAGCUUUUACCCAAGUCCACAGCAAUCAUGAUGCUUAUAGGUCAUUCCUCAACAUCUCAUCCACCUUCUCAAGUCUCAUUGUGUAUACCUUGUUACAAAAUCCAGCAGUUCAUGCAGCAGCCAACCUGGCAGCAUCAUUCUGGCCAUCUGCAGAGGUGGAUUCUUCAACUGAUUCAACUCCAGAAAACCUAGCUGGGCGAUUUCCAGUAAGGCACAUGAACCCUUAUCCAAGCCUGGCAUCUAUUGCUGCUGCUACGGUAGCAGCUGCAUCAGCAUGGUGGGCAACUCAGGGACUAUGUCCAAUAUUCUCUCCUCACAUUGGUUUCCCAUUUAAUCCAGCACCCACAACUACAAUUCCCACAAUGGCCACAGCCCAGGGUCCAGAAGAUAAGACAGAUGGAAAAGAAGAUGCAUUUCAGAACAUUGUAGAAGAAGAUCAAGUAGUAAAUUCAGAUCAAUCUGUGGCUUUAAAUACACAACACCCUUCUCCCAAGUCAGCGUCAUCAGAAGCAGAUGGCUCAGAUGAUAGCAGAAGCGGUGAAAGGUCACAUUGCACGGAGGUCAAAGCUUCAAAAAUUAGUGAGUUUAAACCAUUAGCAGCUACUGGACUUUAUGAUUCUCAUAAGACAGAGAGCAAGAAGAAACCAGAUCGCUCUUCCUGUGGCUCCAAUACACCUUCCAGCAGUGAAGUUGAAACAGAUACCAUAGUGAAUAGGCAUGAGAAAGUCGAUGAUGAAGCUAAACAAGCCUAUUUCAGUAGUCCGUUAGCUGGUGAGACUAACAGCCGCAGAUCUCGAAACAGUGGGAGCAUUAACGAGUCAUGGAAAGAGGUCUCCGAGGAGGGUCGACUUGCCUUCCAAGCGCUCUUUAGUAGAGAAGUGCUGCCACAAAGCUUUUCGCCUCCACAAACUGAAGACGCAAUGGCCAACAAAGAAGCUAUUACCUUGCUAGUCGAUCUUAACAAGAAGGCAUGUGCGACAGCCAGUCUUAAUCAUCUUCAUAGCUUUACAAAGGAGAUGUCAAGCAGAUGCAAUGAUAACACUGGAAAAAGUUCUUUAACAAGUGAAAUUGGUCAGGGGAAGCUGUCUCAUCGAACAGGAUUCAAGCCAUAUAAGAGGUGUUCAAUGGAAGCCAAGGAAAACAGGACAGCUGCUGAGGAGACUAGCAACAAGAGGAUUCGUCUUGAAGGGGAAGCUUCAAUCUGAUAGCAUGGGUGCAAGAACUCAUGCAAUUCAGGUUGCUGCUUCUGGCAUGUAAGAUUGGUUUUCCAACUUACAGGACAUAAAUUAUGUCAUGUACCAUAAUUUUUAAACUUAAUUUUACUCUGUAUUGUUGUAUUGAAAUAAUCAAGCAGCCCUGCUGCAAGGUGGACUGCUCAUAACCUUGCCCAUUUCACUUCAACUGUGCAUAUUUUAUUUUGGCAUUCCAAAUUAACUA